AUGCUGCUAAGAAAGCGAUGCCGGCAUGGACCGUGCGGACUGCAACUCCUGCUGCUCUUGCUGAUGCUGGCAUGCGCGCUGCUGAUGGUGGCCAUGCUGCGCCCUCCCCCGCGCGCCCCACGCCCUGCCCGCACAGCCCAGGCCGCCCCGCGCAGCCCUGAUGCUGGGUACCGCCUGCACUUCGGGGAAUCCCAGGAAUGGGUGCUGGAGGCUGAGGAUGAGGGCCAAGAAUACGGCCCCCUGGAGGGCCUGCCCCCCUUUAUCUCGCUGCGGGAGGAUCAGCUCCUGGUGGCCGUGGCCUCACCCAGGGCCAGAAGGAACAAGACCCAGGGCAGGAGAGGUGGCAGCUACCGGCUCAUCAAACAGCCGAGCAGAAGGCAGGAUGAAGAGGCCCCAGAGAGGGACUGGGCGGCCGAGGAAGAAGAUGGGGCGGUAUCAGAAGAUGAGCCCACCGCACUCAGCCUGGAGGAGGCGUUCAGUGCCCGCAUCCCCCUGCAGAGGGCGCUGCCCGAGGUACGGCAUCCACUGUGUCUACAGCAGUACCCCGGGGACAGCCUGCCCACAGCCAGCGUCAUCCUCUGUUUCCACGACGAGGCCUGGUCCACCCUCCUGAGGACUGUGCACAGCAUCCUUGACACAGUGCCCAGGGCCUUUCUGAAGGAGAUCAUCUUGGUGGAUGACCUCAGCCAGCAAGGGCAACUCAAGUCUUCUCUCAGCGAAUAUGUGGCCAGGCUGGAGGGGGUGAAGUUGCUCAGGAGCAACAAGAGGCUGGGUGCCAUCAGGGCCCGGAUGCUGGGGGCCACCAGGGCCACCGGGGAUGUGCUGGUCUUCAUGGAUUCCCACUGUGAGUGCCACCCUGGCUGGCUGGAGCCCCUCCUCAGCAGAAUAGCNNUUUCCAGGAGCCGAGUGGUGUCUCCAGUCAUAGAUGUGAUUGACUGGAAGAAUUUCCAGUAUUACCCCUCCAAGGACCUGCAGCGUGGGGUGUUGGACUGGAAGCUGGAUUUCCACUGGGAGCCUUUGCCAGAGCGAGAAAGGAAGACCCUCCAAUCCCCCAUCAGCCCCGUCAGGAGCCCUGUGGUGCCCAGCGGGGUUGUUGCCAUCGACAGACAUUACUUCCAAAACACUGGAGCGUAUGACCCUCUCAUGUCCCUGCAGGGUGGUGAAAACCUCGAGCUGUCUCUCAAGGUCUGGCUCUGUGGUGGCUCCGUUGAAAUCCUCCCCUGCUCUCGGGUGGGGCACAUCUACCGGAAUCAGGAAACCCACUCCCCCCUUGAUCAGGAGGCUGCUUUGCGGAACAAGGUUCGCAUUGCUGAGACUUGGCUGGGCUCAUUCAAAGAAACCUUCUACAGGCACAGCCCAGAGGCCUUCUCCUUGAGCAAGGCUGAGAAGCCAGACUGCACAGAACGCCUGCAGCUGCAAAGGAGGCUGGGUUGUCGGAUGUUCCACUGGUUUCUGGCCAACAUCUACCCUGAGCUGUACCCAUCUGAGUGCAGGCCCAGGUUCUCUGGAAAGCUCCACAACACCGGACUUGGCUUCUGUGUAGACUGCCAGGCGGAAGGGGACAUCCUGGGCUGCGCCAUGACGCUAGCUCUUUGCAGCGACAGCCGGCAGCAACAGCACCUGAAGCACACUAGCAGGAAGGAGAUCCACUUUGGCAGCCCACAGCACCUGUGCUUUGAUGUCAGGCAAGAGCAGGUGAUUCUUCAGAAGUGUAUAGAAGAAGGCCCUGCUAUCCAUCAACAGCACUGGGACUUCCAAGAGAAUGGAAUGAUUGUCCACGUUCUUUCUGGGAAAUGCAUGGAAGCUGUGGUGCAGGAAAACAGUAAAGAUUUGUACUUGCGCCAGUGUGAUGGAAAAGCCAGCCAGCUGUGGCGAUUUGACAACAUCAGCAGUGUGGGUAAAUGAUGAAUGCCAGUGUCAGAGGGAAAAGAGAAGUUUAGUCAUCACAAGUCAGCCCCAAGAGAACUAAAAGAGCAUGUAUAUUUCAUGAAGCAGAUCCUUUUGUGUUUGUAUUCCUGGUGAUAGUAGAGAAGAAAGCUCCGUGAAUGAAUAUAGAAAGUCUUUCCUUCUUGCACCUUUUUGCAUUGACUUCUGGAUGUUUUAGAAAAA